AUGUCAAAUCGGUCAACACCUGCUUCUUCAUCUCUAUCACUUCAAUCACCUACCACUCCCCUUCCUGACGUUGGAACUCGUAAUUAUACUAUUCUCAAAGAAGUCGGUGAUGGAUCGUUUGGAACGGUUUGGUUUGCUGAUUGGCAUUCACCUCUUACCUUACCACCUGGAACUCAACCUCCCGGUCCAAGCUCAAGACCAGAAUAUAAAGGAAAACGUUUGGUGGCGAUCAAAAAGAUGAAGAAAGCUUUUGAAGGUGGUUGGGAUGAAUGUAUGAAACUUAAAGAACUAAAGUCACUACGAACGAUUCCUAUGCACCCAUUCAUCAUCCCUCUCUAUGACGCAUUCUUACAUUCUACCACUCGUGAACUUCAUUUCGUAUUCGAAUGUAUGGAGGGAAAUCUUUAUCAGCUUACCAAAUCUCGAAAAGGUCGACCAUUGGCGGGUGGUCUUAUAGCCUGUAUCUUUGAACAAAUCGUACUAGGACUUCAUCAUGUUCAUUCUUGUGGUUACUUUCAUCGUGAUAUGAAACCUGAAAACUUACUCAUCACUACUACCGGUCUUACCGAUUAUCCUCAUGGAAGCCCUUUUGCUUUACCUACUGCUCCUCCUGAACGUGAUGUGGCUGUGGUGGUCAAGAUUGCUGAUUUUGGUUUAGCUCGAGAAACUCGAAGUGCUCCACCGUACACCGAAUACGUUUCUACGAGGUGGUAUCGAGCUCCUGAAGUACUCUUACGGGCACGUGAUUAUAGCAAUCCGGUGGAUAUGUGGGCUUUAGGUGCUAUCAUGGUCGAGACAGUCACUCUGAAACCGCUCUUUCCGGGUACUAGUGAGAUGGAUCAGGUUCAUCGGAUAUGUGAGAUUAUGGGUGAUCCUAAACAUCAUUAUGGUCAUGAUGAUAAAGGUCGACUUCGAGGUGGUGGUCAGUGGUUGAAUGGAGUAGCAUUGGCUGAGGCUGUAGGAUUUAAAUUUCCAGACAAAGCUCCAAUGGAUUUUGUUCAACUUUUUGAUAUGUCAAGCAUUCCGAUUCAGUUGGUGGAUUGUUUACACGAAUUACUUCGAUAUGAACCUACGGCUCGACUCACUACUAUUCAGUGUCUAACUCAUCCUUAUUUCGUCGAUGUUGCUCCUCGACUCAUUCCACCAGCUCUCUCUGGCGCAGCGAUGAUCAAUCCAGCGCACGCCAAUGGUCUUCAUUUACCUCGAUCUAACGGACAUCAUCCUGGGGUACCUCAUCUACUUACACCUAAUUCAGCUCAUUCUCAAAUGGCACUUGAUUUGCCUUCGAUAUCCCCCCAGAUUGUUCCUACUUCAUAUACUCAUGGGGCAUUCCCCAAAGCUCGGCCAGCUCAUAUCUUAACACCCUCGAGUGGCCCGAAUGGAGUAGACUCUGUCAUGUCUGAUCCAGAUGGAUCCGGGCAUGCUUACACUUUCCCACCUACUGAUGGUGCCUCUCCAUCCGCAUCAGCUUAUCCACAUCGAGGCGCAGUCGCCUAUUUACCACCACCGCCUCCUCACCUUCACCCCGAUCAGAUCCGGCGGGGCUCUCACGGUAACGAAACAUACUCUCAGCACUCCUAUGACCAGCAUUCUCCUGCGAUCACCCGAGAUCCUUCAUUCCUAUCUCUCUCUCCUGGCCAUGCUUCAUCGUCAGAGGGAUUACCUCCUGAGCAAUCGCCCACUUCUCGCAACCAACUCAAUCCACCCAUGACACAUCAAAAGAGCCGCAGCCGAACUCUAGCGUCCAAAGCUAAGAAAGAGGCCGAAAAGGCUGCCAAAGAAGAAGCCAAACUUGAGUCACAAGCUAAACGAGAAGCAGCUCGUCGAUCAGCUCAAGAACGAUCACGUGCAGUCUUACAGAAACAGAGACUCGCACAGGGUUCAGAUAUGUUGACACAUUUGAAUCCCGAAUUUGGAGGACCGAUCGUUCGUAAUUUACUUGCGCAUCAAUUACCUCGACCGAGUGUUGCUGGGAGUAGAGAUGCAUUGCCAGUCGAACGACCUACCCAUUACGAUCUUGACCAUAGACCAUCAUAUGUGGACCCUAGACCGUCAUACCGCGAGGAAGGUCGACGGUUUUCUGUUAACUCUUCUAAUACGAUGGAUAGUGACCCAGGUCCAGGUGGACCUUCAAGGAACUUAUCUCUACAUCGAAGUCCUUCGUAUGGUUCAGGUUGUUCUCGACUCUCAGUUGCCUCUUCACCUAACCUAGCGAGUCUCUAUCGAGCUUCUACUCCUGCCUCUACGGCAUCUUCACUUGAUCAUCAAUUAGUUAUCAAUAUGGCAGGUCUGACAGCAAAUGAAAGGGAUGGAUCAGUAGGAUUAACGAAUGGAACAAACCAUUGGCCAGGACCGGCAAGAGGAUCAGAAGAAGGCAUUCGAAGAUCACGUAGUCCGAGUGAUCCAAGAUUUAGUCCAUAUCCCACCCGACCAAGUUUACCAAGUAUAUCAAAUUUUGAUUUUGGACCGAAUGGACCACCACCGUUUCCUACUAAUCCUAACAAUAAUAAUGGUUCAAAUCGACAUGAUCGACAUUUAUCUGUUAGUUCUGGAUCACCUUCGAUUGUUUCUAGUCAUUCGAUUUCCUUAGUUGGUAGUAAUGGUAACAAUAUACCUUUAAGUCCUUAUUCAUUUCCUUCUUCUCCUCCACCACCUAUUGGGAAUGGUGAAACUGGAUUUAAACAUACUUCACCUUUACAACAACAACAAUCACAGUCACAUCAACAACAACUUCAUCAUCAUCACCAUCAACAACAACAACUUCUUCAUCAACAGCAACAACAACAACAACAACAACAACAACAGCAUCAACAAUCGAAUGGUAGGGAUGAUGAAGAAAUGAGACAAUAGUAGGGAAAUGAGAGAAAAGUAAAAAAUAAAUAAAAAAUUAUUGUGAAUGGACAACUUUCUUUUUUCUAGUUUUGAGCUUGAGGUUUCAUUGUUACAAGAUUUCAUUAAAAGAAGUAUUAUUUUUUUUCCCAGGAGACACCAGCCAAGAAGAAGAGAGAAAUAAUUUAAUUCUUUUGAUGAUUUGAGGGUAUUAAUGGGGAAAAGGGGAGGUUAUAAUAGUUUAGGUUUUUUUUUUGUGUGUGUGUGGUUUUUUAAUGUGUGUGUGUGUGUUUGUGUGUGUGUGUGAGCAGAGAGGUUUCAUGUUUUUUUCUUUCUUAAAACUUACUUUUUUUUUGUUCUUUCCUUUACACCUCAAAGAAAGUAUGUUUUUUUUUUAUCAAAACAAAACUGAUUAUUAAACAAAUUUAUUCAUUAGUUUAUUACACUUUUUUUUACUUUUUACUUUUUUGAUGAUGAGUCAAAGGAAGAGAACUGAAGGAUAUAUAAAGAAAAAUCAAAAAGAUAAUUGGAUCCUUUCUUUUUGCUUUUUUC